UCAACUACUCAAUCUGUGCCGACAGUUUCAACGACAUCUACCACAACAACCCCAUCAAUGACGACAUCUUCAACGACAUCUACCACAACGUCCCCGUCAGUGUCGACAUCUUCAACGACAUCUACCACAACGACCCCGUCAGUGUCGACAUCUUCAACGACAUCAACCACAACGCCUCAACCAAUCUCGUGCCCACCUGAUGGUUCUGGUUUUACAACGGUACAGCUGGAGGACGGAAAUUACUUCACCUACAGGGUGGCGAAAAUGCUGGCAUCACAGGAAACGGCUAUUCAGUCAUGCACUAACCAUGGGUCGUUUCUUGCUCGUGUGACAACAGUUGCAAAAAUGAACAUGCUUCUGCAGCUAAUUAGAACUUGUUCAGGCUACAAUAGUGGUCUAUAUGACUAUUACGUGGAUGGUAGUAAUGCUGGCGCCACCGACUUUUUUGCCCCAGGGGCGUGGGUCAUGAGUAAUGGAGAUCUUGUACCAAUGUCGAACGACUUUUGGGGCGACAUGAAGCCUAAUUAUCCAGAAACACAACACUGCUUGAGGAUGACAGCUGAUAUAAAUUUUAUGUGGGACGACUGUAGCUGUAGCCUAGAACAUUAUUUUAUUUGUGAAAAGUAGCCGUGAACGUAUUUUCAUAUACGGUAGUGAUUAAUGGAAUUAACCAUAUAAUGGUUGGUAUACGCAUUCAGUUGUUGUUGUGUUUUUUUUUUUAAAUAGAGCCAUAAUUUCUUUAUACUAAUUUACUGAGUCAGAUGGAAACAGAAAUAUGUCA